UUCGCUGACGAAAAUGAAAAAGUUGUAUUUUCAUUUCCAUUUAAUCCAGUUUGCCGUUCGUGGUUUGCAGUGUGAGAAAAUGAAGAUGAAGACGUAAUUGCAUCGAUUCGAUAGUAGAUCAUCGAAAUGAGAAAUGAGCAUACGGAUAUUGUUGCCGGGAUUAUGUUAUUGCGGAAAUGUUAGAAGAAGGACUACGAAAGUUUGCUCAGGAGAACUUUAGCCAUAGAUACUAUCCCAUUCUUCAUGGAGAAUCUGAGAAAAUACAGCCACUAGCGCUUGCUGUAAAAAGGUCUCGGCCAAUAUGGAAGCGACCACGCGGAAAACAUGAAAUCAUAGUCCUUGCGGAAAUGGCGAAAUAUGUUGAAAAUGACGAAAUAGUUAAGGUGUUCCGUGAUUCCUUGGAAUCUCAAGUCAAAGAGGAAAUGUUUCAGUCCAAACCGACCAUCGAUAUGGGUAACAGUGCUAAGGCGUACAGUAUGGGUGUCUCAGGAUAUCUGGAGGGAACCAUUAAGAUCAGUGGUGAUCAAGGAGUUCUAAAACUGGGUAGAUUGAGCCAGAAAUACAUUGACGAUCCAGAUCUCCGUGGAAUACUCGCAAAUACGCCUUUAGAUCACAACAAAAUGAAAGGAUUUAAAAGCGAUGAACUGUUUCUGAUUACAUCUGUGAUUUCAAGCGAGAAAUUUCAACUUGAAGGAGAGAGAAAGCAAGAGACCGAGGCCGAAUUCAAUAGCGAAGUGCCACCAAUAGCGGAAAAUUCCUUCAUCAGAUAUUUUAUUCCAGCUGGAAAAGUACAUGCUCGCUUCUACAGCACAUUUCUUCCUCCAGAGGUGGCAUCCAGAAACUCCGCUGCACCGAUCCUCUUCAAGUGUUGCCAUGUUGAUUACCUAAAGGAUGAAAACAGACUGGAAAUCCGGAAAGGAGAAUACGUUGGUAAAACAGUUUGCAGGGACAUGUUCGGCGGCGAUCCUACCGAAGAAGACCCGGAUUAUGAUAGUACCUACGUGAAAAUAUACUCAGAAGAUCAGACUGAUUUACCUGAUGAACUUAAUCCAGAAGAUAUCAAGAAACUUGAUCUUAUACUUACCAAAGUGCUUCUACCAACAAAGAAUAGAGAAGAGUGUAAAGCGCUUGUAGAGAAGUACCUGAUCUGGUUUGAAACCGCGUUGAAAAAUGACCAGACCAAGUUUCUGAUUAAGCAGCCAAUAACACGAGCUGAUUGUGAGUUUCUCAGAGUUGCUGCCUAUCUUUCCUGCUCCGUGGGAGCGAAUACGUUGGAUCUGGGGGCUCUCACCAAAGACGACAUUCAUGGAUAUGCUGUCGUCUUCAGGAUACUUUCCGGUUUAUCUGACGAAAAAUGGGAAGAAAUUGAGAAGGAUGGCGCAAACCUUAUGCCAUAACUAAGUUAAAGAUGAGCAACGUUGUUUUCACAUUGAAUCACAAGCUUAGAAAAGGAGAUAAUUCAAUAUGUCUUAACUCGUUAAGUUUAGAGGAGAUCAGCUUUAAAUAUAUUAAGAAAGUAGUUUGCUUGUAUAUAAACAGACACCAGGUUUAUAAAUUAAACAGGAAAGGACGGGCGUGGCCGAAGGUUUAACACCAAAAGCGUAGGAUGGCAGGCGAAUCUCUUCAAUAUUAGUAAAAUGUGACAUAAAAUAUUUUUUAGAGCAGUUCUCAUUUUAGUGUCAAGGGUAAUCCGGGAUUGCUUUGGUUUGGCUUCAUUAGUGGAGAAAACCUGCGCUACUCAAAACUAAGACCAAAGACGACUGGGUCACUCGCGUUUUCCCGCGUUUCAGGCAGUUGGAUUGUAUUUGCUUUGAGUUCUCACUAACUGCUUGUGAUAUUUUCCUUUGUUUCGACUUUUUCCUUUGUUUCGACUUUUUUGUGAUUCGACUUUUUUGUGAUUACUUUGGUUUAAAAACUCAAUCGAAACACGCGUCUAAUGACAAUGAAAAACUUUUUAUCUGUAAAGCAGAAUACCUAUUUUCAUCUGAUCCUUUUGAGUAAGGAAACUAGUUUAAAAUUUAAAAUUUUGCGACCAAACCGUUGUAGGAAAGGAAAGAUUUUUGAGUGCUCUCUGAGCGGUUAAUGUCCACGAACAAAUUUCGAACACAUUUACACGCCAAACACAUUUACAAUAGCCUCUUUUUUCGUGCCAAAUAGAGACUUCUGUUUAUGUAUAUUUAAGCUAAUUAGUUGUAACUUUGUUUAUCAUCGUCCUAUUUGGUUUAUGAAGUGCGCAGAACAACACGUUUACAAACAGCUCACCGUUAAACACUUUUGAGGGGGACUUUGUGAACAAAACAGUUAGUCUUUUCCUGUGUAUAACUGACAAACGCACUCUUAACGCCAAAAAUCCCUUACAGGGAGACAUAAAGAGCUUUAAACACUACUGAGGUUUGGAAUGUGGUAUGAUACCAUCGGAUAUUCUCCAGUUUAUUCGGGACAUGCACGAAGAAAAGUUAAUAAAAACGAUUGCUCACGUGUGAAAUUUGUUCAUAAAUUGUAUUUAGAAAGUUUAUAGGGGAAAGGAACUGAAUUUUGAGCAAGGUGUACUUCGAAUCGGCCGAUUUGCAAACUCGUGUACACCUCCUUAAGCUUCUAAAGAAACAGUGAUGCUGUAUUGGUGGCUGAGAAUAAUAAGAUAAUUUGGUUCUAUCAACUGAGUUGAUAACGUGAAGAAAUCCUCAUAAAGAGUUUCUGAGCUGAAG